CUCCAACGACCCUGCAAACCGCCUCCUCCUCCCGCCGCCCUGGUCCGGUCCUCCUCACCUCGCCCUCACCCUCGCCCUCGCCUUCACACCUGGCCCGGCGUCUGGCUGUCGCGCGCGCCCGUCCUGCCCCCAUCCAUCUCCUCCGGGGGCCUAGUCAGUUCCAGGUCGUGUUGUCCGCCCCAAUCCGGCCAGUCGAGUCCACCCCAUCCCGUCGCGGUGGCACUGUGCUUGCUCGUCCGCCCGCCCAGGUCUUACUGGAUUCCUUUUUCUUCCUUCCUUCACCUCGAGCUGCUUGUCCCUUUCAAGGCUGCUGCGUCUGCUUCUUCCGCAUCUGCGUCUGCGUCUGCUUGUGCCGCUGUCGUUGUCGCUGCCGCUGCCGCGCUGCCGCUGCGCUCCUCUGCCGUCGCCGCCUGCAACCUCCGACGCUAUUGCCGUGGAUAGCGCUGUCGCAUUCGUCUCGAGCCACCCACCAAGGUACCAAGGUACUGCCGUCAGGUACCUCAGGCACGCCCGCCCUGGUCGCGGUACCCGCUGGCGCACCCGUCCGACAAAAGGUACCCGCGAGUACCAGCCCGCGCUGCGCCCCCAGCUGCUUGCGAGGCCGGCCCAGUGAGCUCUAGCGGCCCUGGCACCUGGGCGCCCUUCCGCGAUCAGCGGAUUAAGAGCCCACCAAGUACCUGACCACCACCCACCCCCCCUGUUCCUGGGUCUUGUCGCUCGACCCAGGAGAGCUUGCUUCCCUCCAUCAAACUCUCUCCUUUUCACUCGCCCGGAUAUCAAACGCAAUCCUCCGUUCUUCGCCAAUCCAACGCUCACCGCAGUCAUUCUUUACCUGCCUCCUGCUUUCCGUCCGCUGCUCGGCUCACAUCCUCGACUCUUGCCUUGUGCAAUCCCUCCACUGGUGCUUCUCUCGUUUCUCCUUGGAGCCAAGCCAAUCGACCCGGCAUUCGUCAACUACCACCUACUACAUGCACCACCGACGAUAAACCGCACACGACGACGCUGCGCCGACCUGAAUGCACCGAUAAAAUCGCCCUCAGCUCUUUGAUAGAGCACUCGUCUCUCACCCCCAUUAGUCUAGGGCUGCCCCGUCGCGCUUCUACCACACAUCAACAACAGCAGCAACCUGGGGUCGCCGCGAGUCGCUUCCCUUGCAGCAGCCGCCGAAAUGACGGUCGCCAACGACCUGACACCGCGCGGCCAGCCGCAUGGCCAGAUGGCUCUCGAGGACCGGUUCGAGGUGCUCAAGGAGAUCGGCGACGGCAGCUUUGGAAGCGUCGUCCUCGCCAGGGUCAGGACGGCAGGCGCCAACGUUGCCCGCCGUGGGUCGGUGGUCGCAAUUAAGUCAAUGAAGAAAACGUUUGACUCGCUGGCGCCGUGCCUGGAGCUGCGCGAGGUUGUCUUCCUGCGGACGCUACCGCAACACCCGCACCUGGUUCCCGCUCUUGACAUCUUCCUGGACCCCUACACCAAGAAGCUCCAUAUCGCCAUGGAGUACAUGGAAGGGAACCUGUACCAAUUAAUGAAGGCCCGGGAUCACAAGUGCCUCGAUAAUUCGAGUGUCAAGAGCAUCCUGUUCCAGAUCAUGCAGGGACUCGAGCACAUCCACUCUCACCACUUCUUCCAUCGCGACAUCAAACCCGAAAAUAUUCUUGUCUCAACGUCAUCGCACCAAGAAUCAUCAAAUUCAUUUCGGCGCUACUCGGCGCUCGUCACGCCGCCGUCGACGCCGCCGACGUACACGGUGAAGCUGGCCGACUUUGGCCUGGCCCGCGAAACCCACUCCAAGCUGCCGUACACGACGUACGUAUCCACGAGAUGGUACCGGGCGCCAGAAGUUCUUCUCCGUGCCGGCGAGUACUCGGCGCCCGUGGACAUCUGGGCCGUCGGCGCCAUGGCCGUCGAAAUUGCCACCCUCAAGCCCCUCUUCCCUGGCGGAAACGAGGUGGACCAGGUAUGGAGGGUCUGCGAGAUCAUGGGCAGUCCGGGCAAUUGGUACAACAAGGCCAACGUCCGCGUCGGCGGCGGCGACUGGCGCGACGGCACCAGGCUGGCCGGAAAGCUGGGCUUUUCGUUCCCUAAAAUGGCCCCCCAUUCCAUGGACACCAUCCUACAGUCCCCCCAGUGGCCACCGGCCCUGAGCAACUUUGUCACCUGGUGCCUCAUGUGGGACCCCAAGAACCGCCCGACGUCCACCCAGGCCCUCAACCACGACUACUUCCAGGACGCCGUGGAUCCCCUCAGACCAAAGUCUUCCGCGUCCAAGAUCCUUGGGCGGAAGCAGUCGGACCUCGGACGGGCCUCCAAGGACGGCUCCUCCACGUCGGGCUCCUCGAAACCCUCGUGGUUCCGCAAGUCCCUGAUUGGGGCCCGAAACGAGACGGCGGCGGAGCCCCCCCCCGCCCAGGUGCAGGUCAAGGACGCCCUCUCGCAGCGUCCCCCUGUGAUGCACUCCUCGACGACGCCGGAGAUGCCCAGCGGCAGGACGCGGCCGGGCGCCAACAAGCGCAGCACAUGGAGCAACGGCCUCUCCAACGUCGCGCCCAUGCCCAUCCUGCCCACGAUCCGGCCCAUCUCGCCGCUCUCGGAUGCGGUAACUGCCCGCGCCAACAACGGUCUGCCCGACGCCAGCGCUAAUAGCCGUGGCCAGGAAAAGUCGAAGAAGAUUGGUAGGCAGCUGUCCAUGGCGUCGACGUCAAAGUACACGGAGUUGCACCGCCAGCAGGCCGAGCGGGCCCUCAAUGGCCACACAGGACUGGCCUCGCCGCCCAGCGGCCAGAAGGAGAGCUUCUUCUCGCACUUGCGCAAGCGGGCCAGGCGGUUCUCGGGGCGUCACCAGACGCCCGUCUCGCCGUCGUAUGAGGACAUGGAAGCCCAGAUCGGAUGCGGCCCGUGGGGGAGCAAUAGGUCGUCCAUGGUUGUCGACCAGCAGAACCCGAUCCCCAAGGCCGAGGUCUACGAGUCCCUUGACAAGGCCCUCCGCGACGUCCAGAACAACACAGACGCGCGGUCGCCCAUCCCGUUGAGCCAUCAGCAGUCGAGCGGCAAGCUGAAGAGGCACCACUCUCUCCCCCAGCACCAAGCUCGCUCCGUGGACAACCUGAUUGGCGCCGCCCGCAACGGGCCCAUCUCGAGCCGGACACGGCGGGCACAGGCGGUGCACGGGGUGCAGCAGUACGAGGCUCCGGCUGAGGAGGACGAGCUUCUCGACGAGGUCCUGACGUCGACUCAGCGCGCCAUGCAUCGCAUGGACGGGGCCGGCAAGCCGCUCAGGCAGUCGGCUAGCAACCUGGGUCUGACGACGCCGCAUCCCUACCCCAGCCCGUCGCCCUCAGCAAACGGCAACCAGAUCAUCUACGGAGAUGGGCAGGAGGUGCUGACGCCGAAGCCCCUGGACCUCAGCAAGAAGACGGACAACCAGUACAAGUGGCCCACGCCCCCUUAUGAGGGGAGCGAGUGGGGGGCCUCGGCGUCGGCGAGCAUCUGGGCUGCCGGGAGCAGGUUCUAGGCGACGUCUCGGCACUAGGGGAUGACUGCUUGGGCAUGAUGACGUCCACAACGAAGAGGCGGGCCAAAAGUUGGUGUUGAUUUGACUAUCGCAUAUACACAAUCGGCGUUGGGGGUGUUGGAUGGCGACACACUGCACUCUUUCUUUUCUCGCUACUCGGCGGCGGCGGUCUUUCGACGACGACAACAGGUGCGGCCGCACUCUACCUACGAUCUUUUAUUACACACACCUCUACUUCUCGGGGGCCACGCACGGACUCCAACCACACACUACGUUCGCUUGCCGUCGGGCCCGAUUGCGCCGUGCCCGCGGAACACCUCACUUGUUUAUUGGAUGCUUUUCAUUCUCUCUCUUUCGAAUUUCGUUGAGCGGCUUGAGCACGAAAUACCCCCCUAUAUAGACUGACAAGGGCGAGAAGGACUCGGGCCCGUUUGCGAUCUGCUUGAUGCACAAUUCCUCCACAAUACCUGACCACAUUUUCCAGCCACAUGGUUUCAUUUGUUAGAUUACAUACUACACGGGGUGCAGUCGCGUUCUUGCGGUGGCAGAAGAGAUGGACGGAGCCUGAGGCGUCGCGGGUGGCUGGACAGCCCGGUACAAGCAGGUAGCAGAAAAUACACUUUGCAUGCGCCCCGUGCCGUUGCGAGGGGCCCUGCAGUUAGCUGGCA